CGAGCGAGACUCUAACUGAGCUGAGGAACUUUUAAUCGGAGAUUUGGCACUGCGGCCUGGUGAUAAUGUCUUCAGAAGACCUUUCUGCACCAGGCCCAUCAGCUCCAGAUAGCUCUUUCACUGGCCCAUCAACAAAAUUUGAGUUAGAACGUGAAACGGAACUGAGGCUUGAGGUGGAGGGCACAGAUCCUGUGCGAGUGGAACUGGUUUCAGGGUUGGCUGAGGUAUUUGGAACAGAGCUGACUCGAAAUAAGAAGUAUACUUUUCCCCCUGGAAGCCGGGCAGCAAUAUUUACCUGGCAUGGAUGCACUGUGCAGCUUUGGGGAAGCCCAGAUGUGGCCUACGUUUCUCGGGAUACACCUAUGCUUCUUUAUCUGAACACUCAAGUUGGGUUGGAGCAGAUGCGUGCACAAGCAGAGCGCGAAGGAGAACGCGGUCCCCGGGUGCUUGUCGCAGGACCCUCGGAUGUAGGCAAAUCUACCUUGUGUCGACUGUUAUUAAAUUAUGCUGUGCGGAGAGGCCGCAGACCCACACUUGUGGAGCUCGAUGUGGGACAGGGUUCUGUUUCUGUCCCUGGCACAGUGGGUGCUUUAUGUGUGGAGAGGCCAGCAGAUGUGGAAGAAGGAUUCUCUGCUCAGGCACCUCUAGUCUACCACUUUGGAUCCACUACUCCUGGGACAAACAUAAAGUUAUACAACAAGCUUACCUCUCGUCUGGCACACGUUUUCAAUCUCCGCUGUGAUUCUAAUCGCCGUGCAUCAGUCAGUGGUUGCCUUAUCAACACUUGUGGUUGGGUAAAAGGCUCUGGAUAUCAAGCAUUGAUUCAUGCUGCAUCUGCUUUUGAAGUAGAUGUGGUGCUGGUGCUAGAUCAAGAGCGUCUCUAUAAUGACCUACUAAGAGAUCUGCCGCACUUUGUUCGUACUUUACUUCUUCCUAAAUCGGGAGGUGCUUCUGAGAGAUCUAAAGAGUGUAGAAGAGAAUCUCGAGAUCAGCGCGUACGGGAGUACUUCUAUGGUCCACGUGGUUCACUAUACCCUCAUGCUUUUGAGAUCAAAUUCUCGGAGGUCAGAGUUUACAAAGUGGGAGCACCCUCAAUCCCAGACUCUUGUCUCCCUCUAGGUAUGUCACAGGAAGACAAUCAAUUGAAGCUUGUUCCUGUGACACCUGGCAGGGAUAUGGCACACCAUUUAUUAAGUGUGGUGCCUCUAGAUGGAGGGGGUGCAGAAGAGGGGAUAGAGGAAAGGAGUGUGGCAGGGUUCAUAGUCAUCACAGGUGUAGAUACUGAAAGACAGACUCUUACUGUGCUCUCUCCUGCCCCUAGACCACUUCCUAAGUGUGUGUUACUUAUUAUGGAUAUAAGAUUUAUGGACUUAAAAUAACAGUGAUAGCAAUGCUGUAUAGCCCCAGGUAGCUAGCAGACUUGUUUUUUUGAUCUGGUUUUGUAUUACUGAAUGUGGGGAAAAAUAUAAACCUGUGUUUGUUCUUCCGUGUCAAACACCGAGCCACAAUUUUUACCACUGCAGUUUUAUGUAGUUUUAUGUUUUUAUAUGCAAAACAUAGCAGCAGCAAAAUCUUUGUAAAUUAUUACAAGAAUAUUGAGGUAUCACAGGCCAUUUUACCUAUGUUUUGCAUAAAUCCAAUAAAGGGAUAAUAUUGACCUGAGUUGGAA